GUAAAAGAAAGUUCAGUUGUGGGUUGGACAGCUACGGAACUUUAUUAUACUAUUACGCAUCAUUUGGGUCGAGAUCAUCACACACUUGUUAUGAUCUCUUUCUCUUGACACACACACACACGCACACACACACACAAGCUGAUUUAGCGCACCCGUGUAGUGGCACAAAGGGAACCUCUCUUGUCACUUGUGUAGGGUUCCAAUAGAGAGUGCGGUUUUACUCAGUGAAUAUUAUCAUGUAACUUCUGUGAUCAGUGACAGUUAAAGUGUAUUAGUUCAGAACCGUAGAAAUAGAGAUGUCAGCACAGACACAUAACAUUAAGGACACCAGAGAAAAUGUGUCAAGCAUCCAAAUAGGAAGUUGUGCAGCCACCACUCCUGGGAGGGGGUGUGUCACUAAACAACACACCGCAAUGCAACUUGUCACUGUACACGAUAUCGAGGUAUAUCAGAACGAGCGAUUCAGUGACUGUGGGUCUUCUGACUCUGAUGACGAAUCUGCUUGCCCGAAUGAGGUUCUUGCAUCUUCGGACAACAACCCGGACAACCCAGAGAACGAGGCUGUCAAGAGGAGAAGAUUACAAAACAAGCAAUCGGCCAAGAAGUUUCGCGACAGAAAGACAAGGCAAAGGGAAGAAAAGACGGCAAAGAACGAAAGGUUGAAGAAUGUGAACAAGGUCGCUAGGAGAGCCUCACGAAAGAUGAACGCCCGCCAGGCCGCGUACGAAGAGGAGCUGAGGAAUUUGAAGAGAGAGACAACUUGCUUGGAACAAAAGGGCAGACACAUAGACCAAGUGACUAAACAAAGCACGACGCAGUUGGUUUUGUUCAUAGGUCAUCUAGAGAUGAUAGCGGACACUUUAGAUGACGACAACGAGGCCAAACGAUUAAUUAAGAAUCUUGUUAAGAAUCUUUCACCUGUUCACGCCCACUACAAACGUCCUAUGAUGUGAUGUUUAUUUAGCUAAUGACAACUGUUAUAUUUAAGCUGCAACACCUCUCACUCACUAGGAGGAUGACCUCAUAUGUUCUGGGGUCACGUUAGUCAAGGUUUUUUAUUUGAACAUAACCCUCCAGUGACACGACACAGAUCAUGUCCCUCUUCCAAGAAUUUACCAACCACAUUGAAAAACUCUUCAUUACACUCUGUACCACCAUCUAAGCCCUACUCUUGCCUUCUGUUGCCACCCAGUCACUCCUCUCUUCUGGUUUGACACAUGCUGGUAGUUCCCCUGCGAGUCCCCCUGCUCACGACCUACUCCACCUUCGUCGGCCAUCACUACUGGCGUAGCAUCUACCGGGUCUGCCCUGGUGUGUCCUGCUGCCCCCGAGCGAAGUCCUGCCUCAUCUUUACGACACGUGGUGCCUCAACCUGUCUACCCACCGCAAGCCGCGCCCGCUACUGUGUCUGUGCUGUCUCCACCAGGGCUACUUAUUGGACCUGAGGACACCACCCCCGGCUACCUGUACCCCACUGGCAUACCGACGUACACGUCAUCACAAUCACACUAAAAGGUAUGUCCCUCAAUGUUGUCAAUGCCUAUGUGCCUCCCUCCACCCCUACUGUACCUGUCCCACCACACCAUAUCACCUCCACCCUCACUGUACUUCGCCAUGCCUAGUACAUCGGCAAACCUGAGCCUGGCCGCACUGUUUGUAAACUGUGGCCAACCCGACUCUCACAUCCUCUCUCACUACAUCCUCACUUGCCCUACGACCUGCUCCUACAGGUCCCCAGCCUCUUCCCUCCCUGAC